AAAAGUGCUUUCAUGCCCGCUGUUGUUUCCAGCUCCCAUGUGCGCAGUCACACCGAGAAGAACAAUUAACGCCCGCAGGUCCACUUCAACGUGUCCGCUUUGGGUGAUUAAAUCACCAUGCCUCAAAGCGUUUAAGACUUCUUCCAACACUAAAAUCAUAUUUUAUUGGAUGGGAUCCCCGUGUUCCCUUAAAGUGCCUCUUUUUGACACAUAUCUCCCUUCACUUUCUCCCCAUUUUCCCGAGUUGCCUCUCCCUACCGGGGGUAGUGCGGCUCAUUAAAACCUUCGUGGCUGCGCUUUUUCAUUUGAUGCCACGGCAAUGGGACCUUGCCAAUGGGAGAACGUGUUCGUACGUUGCAGGAAAAGUUUGCUUUGGACCGUGCUGGUCCUCUGGUUGUGCACGCCCGCGGACGGAACCUGGAAGACUGGACUUUACAAAACCAGAGAGCAAGCUGCAGCCUCUCAUGCCUCUAUCUAUCAGAAAAGAAACUGGUGUCCUCAUACUGCCACAAGGACGGUGAGUUGCCAAGUGCAGAAUGGGACAGUCGUGCAGAGAGUCUACCAGACAUGCCGCUGGCCACAGGGAUGUACAGGGGGCAGCUACAGGACCGUUGUCAGACCUUCCUAUAAAACGGUGUACCGCACCGUGACCUCACUGGAGUGGAAAUGCUGUCCAGGAUUCAGCGGGACUGCCUGUGAAGAAGAUGCAGGGAAACUGCAUGUGGCUCAGGAGGCAAUAAGAAAAUCGUCCACACUGCGUCGCCCACCUGCACGCACGGGGGAGCCCCUUUCAUACUGUCUCAACUGCAGUCGAAUCACAGCAAUGAAUGACAGGCUGAAUUCGCUCGAGGCUAAGGUCCAAGUACUCACUGCCUUGCCGUCCAUAUCUCAACGCCACUCUCCGUCCAAAGGAAGAGUUGCACCUGAGGCCGCCUUAAUGUUAGGGGCCGCUCCUGCUCAGGGGGCUCCGGGUGAGCCGGGACCUGCCGGUCCUCAAGGUGAAAGGGGCAGCGCUGGUCUUCCAGGCAGAGAUGGCAAAACGGGUUCUCGAGGCUUGCCAGGUCCCACUGGGCCUCGGGGUGAGGUGGGCGUAAGGGGCCCAGCUGGAAGCCCUGGUUUGAGGGGAACCUCAGGGCCCGCAGGCCCCCGGGGUCCCCCAGGACUUCCAGGAGAGAGAGGUCUCCCGGGCCCUCCUGGGCCUCCAGGACCAUCUACUCCUGCUAGUGCCCGCAUUCCAAAUCGAGGAAGAGACCCCUUCUUCACCAACACUUUUCAUGAUUCGACACCAGGGCCGCAGGGUCCCCCUGGGCCGAUUGGUCCCAUGGGUCCAAAAGGACCAGCAGGACCUCCGGGCCCACAGGGACAAAACGGUAAACCCGGGACUCCUGGAGCACAGGGUCUUAUGGGGCCCAAGGGAGAGCGUGGAGAGAGAGGUCCCUCAGGUUACCCAGGGGACAGGGGCUUCAGGGGCGAGCCGGGAUUACCGGGUCCCAAAGGAGAGCCUGGAGAGAAGGGCUUACCGAGCAAUCUAAAUGGGGACGGAAUACAUCAGAUCAGAGAGGCGCUGAAGAUCUUAGCUGAGAGGGUUUUAAUCCUCGAGACUAUGAUCGGUAUUCAUGAACCUGAUCUAGGCUCUGGGGAUGGACCAUUUGGCACAGCCUCCCCUAGUUUCUACAGAGAUAAGCGAGCAGGUGCGCUUCCGUAUCGACCUUCUCUUCGGUCUUCCGACACCAAGGUUCAAGGGAAGUAGCCCCCCCUCAACCCCCACCCCCGCACUCCCUGAGGACUGCAGGCUGAGUUAGGCCUCCCCUUCCGAUAGGUCGCAUCACUUAAUUGAUAGCCUUUUUGAGGGGGCUUUCCUGUCAGAUUUAGGUUGGGGGACACCUCAGGGAAAUGCCAAUGAUACUCCACCAUGUCCACCUCGCCUGUAACGAGUUUGACACCCCCUAUCACCAUAACCACUUCCAGCUGCAGCUCCGCGGGUCUCACACGUUCGGCAAGAGGAAGCUCCGAAUUACCUGUGGUGCUCCUCAGGUCACAAAUCUUGGCAAUAAGGGUCAUUUAGCUUCAUCCGUUUGUGGGGAUGUAACAGAACGACGAGUCUUGAGUUUGUCAUUCUUUUUUUUUUUUUAAUGUAACAGCAAUGUCAUGAGAUCUCAUGACCAUGUACAAUUUCUUGGACGACACAGAAAACCUCUAAUCAUUUUGUUGUAACUCUUGUAUUGCUAAACUCAGUUAAGAUGUAGUGCACUAAAAACACAGUCAUCACUACUAUUACUGAGAUAUGUUGCUAUAUGUGAGCGUGAUGUGUGUUACAAUUAAAAUACACACUGAAAAAGUAUAUUACAACAUAUUUACAUUUGUUGCAUAGCCUAUGAUCCAGUGGAGUUUAUUUUAUCCUGAAGAUUUUGGGGGAAAAAAACCUCACAGGAAAAGGCUAAACUGGAACCACUGUUAUAUUGGUGCUGUCCUAAGAAGACCUUUUUUUUCUCCAUAGUAAAUGAAACUUAUUGUGAACGUAUUUAAAAUUGUCAGUGGUAGUUUGUCUUGUAUGUCGUUGUAUAACAACUUUUGACAUUUUAUUUCUUGCAAAUGUGUUGAGUUGAUACAACCCUGUCUCCUGAUGAUCGCUGUAAUAAAACGCUGUUCACUGUU